AGAUAUGGAACAUGGAACUACAAUUACUUCAAGAAACAAGGCAUCCCGGGGCCACAACCAACGUGUUGUAUUGGAAACACUGGUCCGAAUCUCGGACAUGAUCUGUACGCCUGGAGUAAGCGAUAUGGGACUGUUUUUGGAAUCUUCCUUGGAAGGACUCCCGCCUAUAUUAUUGCUGAUCUGGAAAUUCUGAAAGAGGUUAUGGUCAAGAGUUUUGACAAUUUCAGAAACCAUAGGAUAUUGUCAGUACCCUACCCCUUAAAUUUAGGUGUGGGUUUCAUGGAAGACGCUGCGUGGAAGCGAGUGAGAAAUACCGUCAGUCCUACCUUCACUGCUGUCAAACUGAGGCGGAUCUGUGGGGCCAUCAACGAUUGUGCAAGGACUCUUACAGCAAAUUUCUCCAAAGUCAUGCAGAAAAACGCUGGGGUCAAUGUAAAAGCAUGCUUUGGAACUUUCUCUAUGGAUGUGAUUUGCCAAGCUGCCUUCGGGAUAAAGGUUGAUUCGCAAACAGAUUUCAACCACCCGUUUGUCGUUCAUGCUAUGAGCAUGUUCCGACCAACAAAACUUGCAUUGGCAUUCUCAGUAUUGUCAGCUGCUGUUCCAGCACUUGAACCAGUCUUCAAUAAGCUCGGCUAUGGAAUCAUUCCACGAAAAUCCGUUGCCUUCUUUGCGACGAUCACGGAUGAAAUGAUGAAACAGCGUCGAAAUGAUAAAACACACCACCAAGAGGGAACAGACUUCCUGCAAAUGAUGAUGGAUGCUUCGAUAGAAGAGGGGAAAGACGACAACAACGAUGAUGGUCAAACGGUCAAACAUUCAGUCAGGCAUCUAUCGACGGAUGAAAUAGUUGCUCAGUGCAUACUGUUUUUUGUCGCUGGUUACGAAACUACUGGGACCGCCCUUACCUUCAUAUCUUACAACCUGGCGAAGAACCCGGAUGUACAAGAGAAGGCUUACAAUGAAGUCAAAGAAAUAUUGGGAAAUGAGGAACCAAACUAUGACAACAUUGGGAAACUGAAGUAUCUGGACAACGUGAUCUCAGAGACGCUCAGACUCUACCCGCCGGGCUAUGUAUUGGACCGAUGUGUUUCUGAGACCACUCAAAUCAAAGGCCUAACUUUCUCUAAGGGUCGAACUAUCUUAAUUCCUGUGAUGGCUAUACACAGAAAUCCUCAGCUCUACGACGAUCCUGAUUCCUUCAAGCCAGAAAGGUUUGAAGAUCAAGACAAAACUAUUGCCUUCCAAGCUUUCGGAUUUGGCCCCAGGGCCUGCAUUGGGAUGCGGCUAGCUCUUGUUGAGCUUAAAGUAGCCUUGGUCAAUGUUCUGAGGGCCGUGAAGAAGUAUUGA